UGUCAGUUGCAUUUAUUCUACCUCUCACAUGGGGAAUGUAGUGUAGGUGUGCGGAGCCAGACACUUUCUGAUGGGUGCAAAUGUAUUUAGUCCAUCUGUUUUGUUAGUAUAAGGGAACCCAGGUGAAGUCAAGUUCUUGCUCUGGAACCAGGAGUCUCUGGCUGGAGGACCUUAUACAGAAUUAUCAGUGAACACCAGUGAGUACGUAUGCCAGAAUGCAGGAGUCCAUGGCCAGGAAUACAGAACAGAGUAGUUCAGAAAGUCCAAAGAUAUUUAACAAUCAGGACUUCUAUGCAUUGAGGGAACUGCACCUGAAGAAGGGUGUGUUGUUUCAAGAUGAGGAAUUUCCAGCAGAUUUGCGCGUCAUAGGACCUCAUUUAAUAGAUGAACUCAAGAUACAGAACAUGCAAUGGAGACGGCCACCGGAAUUCUGCAAGAAUCCCCAUUUAAUUGUUGAUGGAGCUAGUUACUUUGACAUUUUGCAAAAUAAAAUAGGUGAUUGCUGGGUCUUGUCUACAAUUGGUUCUGUUACCCAGAAACAAAAUUUACUGAUAAAGAUCAUUCCAGCUGAUCAAGGGUUUACCAAAAACUACAUUGGAAUCUUCCAUUUCAGGUUCUGGUGUUCCGGGGAAUGGGUCGAUGUUGUGAUAGACGAUCGGCUGCCUUUUGUAAAUGGCGACUUCUUUUCUGUUCGGCCCAGCUGCACAAAGGAAUACUGGCCCUGCCUUUUGGAGAAAGCAUAUGCCAAACUCCUUGGGGGAUACCAAAACUUGCACUGGGGAGAUCCAGCAGAAGCCAUGGUCAACUUUACAGGAGCCUUAACAAUGACAUUGAAGCUGAAAGGAGGAGACCUACAUCCUUCUGACAUAUGGGAGAUGGUCCAUAAAUCAAAACAUACGGCACUGAUCACUUGUAUAAGUGAAAAAGCGGACAUAAUGACCCGGAACAGGAGCUACAGUGUUCCAAAUGCGUUGGAAUACCGGGAUGAACGCAGAGGGAGUGAGCCUGCCAACUACCCAGAAAAUAUUCAGAUUGAUAACGGCCUAGUGGAUCGCCAUGCUUACACUGUAACUGACACCGCUCAGGUUUACAGGGAAGGGUUAGUGAAUUUAAUUCGCCUGUGGAAUCCAUGGGGACGAGGAGAAUGGAUCGGGCGCUGGAGCGACAAUUGUUCCUGGUGGAAUGAUAUUAAUCCUGAGGACAGAAAGAAGCUGAAUACAAAGAGAGAAGACGGAGAGUUUUGGAUACCUUGGGUAAAUUUCGUCCAGCAGUUUUCCCGGAUAAUCAUCUGCAGUCCCACCCUGGACUUUUUGAAUUGGGGAAGUGACCAAACAUCUUGGCACAAAACUGCCUAUAAGAACAUCUGGCCCAAAGAAUGUGGUUUGGAGGACAGUUUUAACAAAGAUUUGUUCUGCAAGAAUCCCCAGUACCUUAUAUGGAUAACCCCAUCAGAUGAAGUGAAGAAAGGAUAUAAUGUCAUCAUAUCGCUGAUGCAGAACCACAGAAACAGACAGAAGUUUGGGCACGAGUGGCUGCCGAUUGGCUUUCUGGUUUCCAAGGUGGGCGCAGAGUUACCAGAUCCGCAGAUGAAGAUGCCGGGCUCAUUUUUCCCCAAAGAUCUGCAGUCGGGAAUCCACAUUAAAAAACGGCGAGAUGUGACCAAAGGAUUCAGACUGGCGGCAGGACGAUAUGUAAUCACCCCCUUUAAUGCGGACCGGAAUCAGGAGUCAUCCUUUCUGCUGCAGGUUUUCCUGAGGAGUCAAGGUUGCACUGUAGAGCUUGGUGAUUCCCAGAGCUUCCUGAGAAAUGAAGAAAAGACACAUGAAGAUAUAUUCAUGAAAUAUGCCACUCAGGGAGGCAAAAUGAAUGCCCGGGAUCUACAAAAGUUUCUGAAUGAUGUAAUUUCAAAAGGCUUUGCUCCCCAUGGAGGGAUCAGAUUCAGUAUAGAGGCCAGUCGAUCCAUGUUGGCAUCAAUGGACUUCACUUGCAAUGGAAAGUUGGAAUGUGAUUUCUUUAAGCGGCUCUGGAGGUACCUCGACUACUUUAAGGCGAUAUUCACUGAUGCUGAUGUCGAUGGAAGUGGAUUUAUUGGCCUUGAAGAAUUAAGUAAAGCUGUGAAAACUGCAGGAAUAGCAGUUAGCAGUGAUCAACUUACCAUCUUGCUCUUAAGAUACGGAGAUUAUGAAAUGAAACUCAACUUUGAAGAUUAUUUGUGCUGCAUGGUGCGACUGAAAUCAGCCUUCAAAAGGUUUCAGAUGCUGACAAGUGAUGGAAAAGGAGUUUAUCUUUCCCACGACAAGUGGCUGAAAAUAAUGAUGUCCUGCUAGAUGUGGUUCAUACUGAAGACAUUGCAGCAAACUCCAUAUUGGAACCUUCAUAACAGAACAUUUAUCUACAUUUCACCCAUCUUGUGGAUUUUUGUCAAUUAACUUUGAGCAUUAUUGUAUCUUUCUCCCAAAACUAGUGUUCCCAAAACCAAACAGCUACCAAAAUCUACAUCUUCUUCACCAAAACCAAAAUAUAGUAGGAUGGUGGGCCUGGCUGGUCUGAUCUUUAGCGCAACAGUAUUAGUGUUUUAUCUGUCUGUCAGGGGCAGAACAUCGGCUGAUCUGUUCUUCUACUACUUUAUUUAAACUGAAGGUUGGUGGCAGGUCGGGAGAUGUGGAAGUCCGAUUGGGCGAGCAUUAGAACGAUAGGAUCUUUGCGUCUAUGGGCAGCUUAAGGCCCUAGUGAUUAAACACCAAUUUGGGAUUGUACAGAUGAGGGUUUGGAGCACAUUGGUUCUCCCCUGUAUUCACCCAGUGCUUGACUUGAUGUAUCCUAAAAUUUUGCAGUGGUCCCUGUAAUGGGUUGUGGGGGUCCAGCGGCAUCCCCUUGUGGGGUGUGGGGCCCCUGGGGUGGCACCCUGCACCCACCAGUUCGAUGCUGGACCUUAGGGAGGUCACUGAGUUCCUCAGGCGCUGUGGGAGUGGGUUUGGGCCUGCAGGGCCCCUGAGGACCAGGGCUCAGUCCAAUCCUAUGCACCUAUUCUUGUGCAUGUGUGCUGGAGGGGACAGGUAAGAUGGAGCCAUGCAGAAGGCCAGCUGUGAGCAUCAAAUGAAGGUGACGCGUUCCACGUCCACACCACUGCCUCUAGCAGGGCACUGGCGUCCUUAUUGGCUAGCUGCCUCUCUCCGACCUCCUUCCUUAGUCUCCCACCAAUGUAACCAGAAGGCCUAGCAUCCACCAAAGCUGGGGUCCCCCGGGUUUGUUCCCAGUGCCCCAGCUGGCCAGUCCCACCCUAUCUGCAUUCUUAAAAGGGCUAAUGUAAUAAAAAUUACAGAACUCAAAUCAAACCACUAUCAUGAAUUAUUUACUGGUCAGCUGUUUCAAAGCAAACAUGUGAUCAAAUUGCAUCUGAUUAAAUCGAUAGGUUGGACAAAAAUUCCAUCAUGUUCUGAGUUGGCUGGUGGCUGGGUCACUCAACUCCACAUACUGGUGUCUAUAUGAUUUUUUUCAUUCCUUUCCAAUAUUUUCUUGUGAUUGUGAGUUCCAAUAAGAAGGACCAAAGAGUGUUUCUAUUUUCGUCCUCCUUUACAUGCUGGGAAAUAUGGUGGUGGUUUAUAAAUCAUACGGUAUAUAAUACUAGUGAGAUCUGAUGAUGUAUGAUGCAGUGUAAUAUAAAUUGUGUUAUCAUUGUGAAUCUCAUAGAGAUGACACAGAAUGUAACAGUGUCAGUUGUAUUAAAGAGAUUUAUUCUUGCAUUAAAAGCACCACAAAUAAAAGUGUGCUACCAAUAAUUCCAA